UCGUGUUUAAUAUAAAACCAACUAAGCAUAACCACUGGAAUUCAUUAAGUGCCUUACCUCAAGUCUCUUAAUACCUCAGUAGCACACACAGCCAACCGACCGACAGCCAACAAACCAAAUAAACAACCAACAUCGCGACGACUACCUGUACAAACAUACCCCAGCGCCCAGACCGUUUGAACGCCUGACCAAAACCGCACGUCCGCCCCAGUGAACACACAAAAAUAUCGAAAUUUGUCCAAAGUACGAAUCGAAUUGAAGGAGUUGCAAAGCCAAUUGUGAUUGCUAAAGAUAAAAAGGCACCGCGCGGUUAGCUUAAAAAAAGAAAAAAAAAAAAAUAAUAUUUAUAAAAGAAACGUAAAACCACCAAACCAAAUACGAAAAAAACGGAAAAAUAUUGCUAUAUUCUUCAUUUUGUUUUUUGAUUUUUUUCAAAAGUGCAACUUGGCUGUGGAAAGCGAAAAUUCGAGCUAAAAUAUAAUUCGCAGCAAAUAGCAAAGAAAUUUGUGGUGUUAAUAAAAAAGUGUUUCUAAUUUGCAUAAAACGUGCAUUUAAGUGUUUCAGUUGUUGUUGUUGUAGCAGGGGCUUUUGGGAAAGAGUUUUUGUUUUAUUGUUGCUAUUAUUUUGUGAUUUGUGCAUUUUUAGUGUGCAAUUUUCAAAACACUUAUUUGCAACAAUCUCCGCGGAUUCGCACAAAUUUGUAACAGCAAAACACAGCAAAUAUGAAAUUCUUUGCAGCACUUCUUGCCAUCUGCAUGACACUGGCACUGGUCGCUAGCCAACAGUUAUUCCCUUUUCCAAGACAGUUCAACUUUGGUGGUCUGGGAUCACCAAAUGCGAUCCGGGAUGCGCGUAAUGACCGAGGCCCCGUACUCUUCCCACAAUCGCCACCAAAUCCCUAUGACGAGAGCAGCGGAGUGAUCGUUGGCGCAUCCGGCUACGGUUUUGUGCCACCACAAGCACAGAACUCCGCGGAGGUGUACUACAGCACCGCCUAUCGAGUACCGGCCACCUCAUACACAGCGUUCAACUACUUCAGCAAUCCAUAUUCGCAUCAAUUUAGUUUGUUUUGAAUGCAUAAACGGAACCAGUCAUAGUUAUAUGUAGUUAUACGCUAAGAGUUGUAGUUAAAAAAUAUUAUUUAAAAAUAUAAAAUGAAUAAAAAAUUUAUAACGCCAGAGAA